AUGAAAAAAUGAAAAUUUGUCAGCAGUAUGCUUCAGGUGGAUGUAUGUAUAUUCGUGCAGGUGUGCAUGAGACUGAACCAUGGUUUGUUUUUAUUUUCUCUACUGAGAAGGUGUGAGGGAAGGGAUAUUUCCUGUUGAUGCUCUUGGACUGUCCGUGAUACCUUUAUAAUUAAUUCUAUUAAGAAAUUGUUGGCACAUAGAUUUUGUUUUGUGGAUACCACUGCUCAAUCUUAAUAGGAAAUCAAAGAGGCAUAAAAAAGUGCGAAAUACUACAACUUUUAUUCAGUUUUUAUGCCAGUUUUGUACCAAUUUUGUCCACACAUCAAUGGGUCUAGCCCCAAACUUGGUUCAGAUUUUAAAACUCUUGGAAGAAUUAAAAAUGUACUGGAUGCCUACCCUUCUGAAUAUGAUAGAACUGAAAUACUCGUGUCCUGAUGCCUCUUUCGUUGGUAUGUUACUAUGCUCAUUCAGUACUGUGCAGCUGGAUGGAAAUGGUCAUCAGACGAGCCUUAGAGCCUUAGAGCUGGCAUUGUGUUUGAUCUAGUGUGACUAACUCUGCAAGCUAGCUUCCAGAAUGGUGAUCAUUCAUAUAAUAUAGAUGGGUGUGGGAGAUUUUGUACAAUACCAAUAUAUCCUUUCUUUAGGCCUUUCCUUGUACUACAUUAAGUUUUGCAUUAUAGUUCUUUGACUUGUCAUGGCUUUGAGAAUGUAUCUGUGUUUAUCUCUAUAUAUUUACCCAAGUAAUUAUUUUAUCAUAGGAAAUGAUGCAAAGCAUUACAUUUUGUACAUAGGUUACACGUUUGGAUAACGCUUUAAAAUGUUCUGAUUAGAAUGUUGAUAGGGAAUAAUCCUACUUCUUUCAGGAAUUUUAUGAACUCUAGUUGGUAAUGUGUGAAACAGAUAUCUACAGAAGGAAGAGGAAAAUGUUGGCCAUUGGAUUUUAGAGUCUGAUUCCAAAGGAGUCUGCACAGCCACUGAAUUUUUGGGGUCCCUGUGAAAUUGGAAUGGUAAUUUUCAGCAUCUUUCGGGCCAAAGUUAAACACUGUUUGAAUGGUGGUGUUGUCAAUUUCUCUGACUGAGUAUUUAAUUGUUUUACUACCCCCCCCCCCCAAACCCGAUGUAUGUUUAUAUGCAGAACUAGUAGUGAUAGGCUGAUGGUAAUUGAAUUCUUUGUACAAGUAUAUUCCAAGUCAUAAAUUUCUAUAACUGAAUUUAAUUUCGAGGUCAUGUUGUACUAUCAUCUCUGACGUAUGGUGUGCACAUUUCAGUUGUGUGGAAUGAUGAGAUACAUAUGAAAGGUAAUGAAUCUCCCUCUGUCUGUAUCUCUUUCCUAUUCUUUCUGAUUUCCCUUCCUCUUUUCCUUCAUCCCCAUUUUCUCUGAAAUGUACAAAUAUUUUUGGGGUACUUUAAGCCUACUAAACUGAGACUGAAAGACCUUCUGUACCUAUGACUGAUGCAGACACAGGUCCAUUAUUUGAUUUUUCUUACAUUAAAUAUUAAUGAUUUACUUUUUAUGGUAAUGUGGAACUAAAUUGGAAGUAAUUGAUCAAUUUCAUGGGUGCAUCAUUUAUUCAAAUGGUUACUUAAAAUGUCAUGACCUGUGUUAUAACAUGAUAAAUUCACCUCCUGCCAGCUUUGUAUUUUUUUGAAGAUUUCUUUUAAAAAUUGCUAAAUGCUUGAUCUUGACAGGAAACAUGUGAUAAGAAAGAAUGGACCAGAAAAAUGGAAGUUCUAUCACUGGAUUUAUCCUGCUGGGUUUCUCUGACCGGCCUCAGCUAGAGCGAGUCCUCUUUGUGGUUCUUCUGAUCUUCUAUCUGCUCACCCUGCUGGGAAACACAACCAUCAUUGCGUUGUCCCGCCUGGACCCACACCUGCAGACUCCCAUGUACUUUUUCCUGUCCAACCUAAGCUUUCUGGACCUGUGUUACACGACCAGCACUGUUCCUCAGCUGCUGGUUCAUCUCAGGGGACCAGACAAGUCUAUCUCCUUCGCUGGCUGUGUAGCUCAGCUGUUCAUUGCUCUAGGGUUGGGAUGCACAGAAUGCAUUCUGUUAGGGGUGAUGGCAUUUGACCGCUACGCAGCCGUCUGCAGGCCCCUGCACUACACAGUGAUCAUGCACCCCCGCCUCUGUGCCCUGAUGGCUUCUGUAUCAUGGUUCAUUGGUUUUGUCAACUCCUCAUUGCAGACGGUGCUCAUCUUCCUUGUACCACUUUGUGGGAGAAAUAAAAUAGACCACUUCUUUUGUGAGAUCCCCCCACUGCUCAAGCUUGCCUGUGUUGACACCACUCUGAAUGAAUCUGAGGCUUUCUUUGCCAGUAUGAUCAUUCUCCUCAUACCUGUGGCACUAAUCACAUUCUCCUAUAGUCGGAUUGUCAAGGUGGUCUUAGCAAUAAAGUCAGCUUCAGGGCAGAGGAAAGCAUUUGGGACAUGUGGGUCCCACCUCACGGUGGUCUCCCUGUUCUAUGGCUCGGCCAUCUAUGCUUACCUGCAGCCCAGCAACAACCAUUCCCAGGAUCAGGGCAAGUUCGUUUCUCUUUUCUACACCAUUGUCACCCCCAUGGCCAACCCCUUCAUAUAUACCCUGCGGAACAAGGAUGUGAUGGGAGCAAUGAAAAAAGUGUUCUGUAGGAGCUUUGACUCCAGAUGACUGGGAUGAGGACCAUUUGAUGGAAGACCCUGAAUGUUAGAGGCUUUAAAAUUUUCUGUCCUGCAGGUGUCAUGCAACAUUUCCCCUGAUGACUCUUCAAGAGAAUUUCCUUACCUAAUUCUUUUAUGCAAGUGAGAGUUCAAGUACUGAAUUCAUGCUUCUUUGUAACUUCCGGAGAUGCUGAUUUACUUUUCCUAUAGCAUCUACAUCAUAUUAGUAUUUCAACAACCCCCACAAAUGUUUCUUAUUUCACUCCGUUGGGAAUACUAUUGCAUUUCUAAUUGCAAAAAGCCAUCUACACACACAGGAAAAAACC